AUCAACAGGCAAACUGUGGAGUGCCAUAGAACCAAUACGAAGUUAUCUGAUUCAUGAUUUUUCAAAAGUCUUAGAACGUCCUGCUUGAAAACUGUCUGCCCACGUGAGGUUUUCCACAUGUCUUCCCAAACCACCAUACCCUAAAUGUUAAGUCUCUAAGGAAGAAACUAUAUAAAAUUCCUAUGUGAUCUUAGGAAAAUAAAAGGAAAGGAUGAAGUAUGGAAGAAAAAUAAUUCAGUUGUUAUUACUUUUAUUGUUUCUAUGGGCUUUGCACAGAUGGUAUCAUUUCAGCACAAAGAAACUACAGCAGAUAUACCAGUGCCGGUCUGUGGAUACUCAGUCAAAAGAAUUAAAGCUAUCAGACUGGUUUUCUCCCAGCAUGUUUGGACAAACUACAGCCAGGAUAAUUAAAGUAGUACGUGUUUCACCAAAAUGUAAGACAAUGAACUCAGACAUUUCUUAUUUGCUUCACAGAUACAUUGACCACUAUUUGAAGAAAUUUAUGUUCUCUGCAGAUAAGUUUUUCAUGGUUGGCCAUAAAGUCAUAAUUUAUGUCCUGAUAGAUGACUUCUCCAGAAUGCCUUGGAUACAGUUGAGUUGCCUCCGUUCGAUCAAAGUAUUUGAAAUCAAGUGAAAGAAGCGAUGGCAAGAUAUCAGUAUGAUGAGCAUGAAGGCUAUCAGUGAACACGUUGAAGACCAUAUCCAAUAUGAAGUUGAUUUUCUCUUCUGCAUGGAUGUGGAUCAAGUUUUCAUCAGGAAGUAUGGAUUGGAGACUCUGGGGGAGUCAGUAGCUCAGUUACAUGCUUACUGGUACAAGGAAGAACUUACAGGAGUGCCAUAUGAAAGAAGUAAGUUAUCAGAAGCAUAUAUACCUUUUGGUAUGGGAGAUUUUUAUUACCAUGCUGCUGUAUUUGGUGGCACGCCCAUUCAAGUUCUCAAUAUUGCCAGGGAGUGCUUAAAAGGAAUCAUGACCGACAAGAAAAACAGCAUUGAAGCAGUCUGGCAUGAUGAAAGUCACUUAAACAAGUAUUUCUUUCUCCACAAACCCACUAAAGUCUUAUCACCGGAAUAUUGCUGGGCUUUUUCUAAAAUGGAUGUUCCUUUUAUUCACAACAUCAAAUUCUACUGGGCUAAAAAGGAUUAUAAAAAUCUUAGGGUCACAGUGUAAUUAGAUAGCACUUCCUUCAGGUUGCUGAAGUUAAGAGCAUCAUCAUGUCUUAUUCCUGAGGAAAUUAGCACUUGAUAAAUUUUAGCACUAAAAAAAAAUUCACUAACAAAAAUGGCAAGGCCACCCAUACAGUAUACUCAUACUUUCCUCAUAUUCAUUUCGGAUUGUAUAAGAGUGGACAUAGCAGUUGCAGAAUGGACAUACUGACAUCGGAAGGAGAUACAGUGACUUCGUAUCCUGUGUGAGUGUUGAGGAAAUACUAUUUGUUGGACCACAUUGAACAAAAUAGAAUCUCUCACCAGAAAAUCAAACCUGAAAUAUUUUUGUUGAUCCAUGCAGAUACACACUUCUCCUAUUGCUUAAGAAAGGGGAUUGUCUAGAGGUGUGGAUAAGAAGUCAAUGCAAGA